UUGCUGGAAGUCCAGGAAUACUCAGUAAUCAUGGAUUUCAGGUGCAGCAGCAGCCACAGAGGAGGCUAUCGCUCCACGAGUACCUGAGCAUGGCACUGUUGAAGGAGGCUGGCAUUUCUGUUCCACACGGAGUAGUUGCCAAGACGCCAGAUGAAGCUUACAAAAUAGCAAAAGAAAUAGGUUCAAAGGAUCUUGUGGUAAAAGCACAGGUUUUAGCUGGUGGUAGAGGAAAAGGAACAUUUGAAGGUGGCCUCAAAGGAGGAGUGAAAAUAGUUUUUUCUCCAGAAGAAGCAAAAGAUAUCUCCUCCAAAAUGAUUGGAAAGAAGUUGUUUACCAAGCAGACAGGAGAAAAAGGCAGGAUAUGCAAUCAAGUAUUUAUCUGUGAACGCAGAUAUCCCAGGAGAGAAUACUAUUUUGCAAUAACAAUGGAAAGGUCUUUUCAAGGUCCUGUGCUGAUAGGCAGUUCUCAGGGUGGUGUUAAUAUUGAAGAUGUUGCUGCAGAGAAUCCUGAGGCGAUAAUUAAGGAGCCCAUUGAUAUAAUAGAAGGCAUAAAAAAGGAGCAAGCUGUUAGGCUUGCACAGAAAAUGGGAUUUCCUUCUAAUCUGGUGGAUGAAGCAGCUGAAAAUAUGAUCAAAUUAUACAAUCUCUUUAUGAAAUACGAUGCUACCAUGAUAGAAAUAAAUCCUAUGGUGGAAGAUGCUUCAGGAGUUGUGAUGUGUAUGGAUGCAAAGAUAAACUUUGACAGUAAUUCAGCCUAUCGCCAGAAGAAGAUCUUUGAUAUGCAGGAUUGGACACAGGAAGACCAAAGAGACAGGGACGCUGCAAAAGCAGAUCUCAACUAUAUAGGAUUGGAUGGAAACAUAGGCUGCUUAGUCAAUGGUGCUGGUUUAGCUAUGGCCACAAUGGAUAUAAUUAAACUUCACGGCGGAACUCCAGCAAACUUCCUUGAUGUUGGUGGUGGUGCUACAGCGCAACAAGUGACAGAAGCCUUUAAGCUUAUUACAUCUGAUAAAAAGGUAUUGGCUAUUCUGGUAAAUAUUUUUGGUGGCAUUAUGCGAUGUGAUGUGAUAGCACAAGGCAUCGUGAUGGCAGUAAAGGAUUUGGACGUAAGAAUCCCUAUUGUGGUACGGUUGCAAGGUACACGAGUUGAUGAUGCCAAAGCUUUAAUAACAGCCAGUGGCCUCAAAAUCCUGGCAUGUGAUGACUUGGACGAAGCUGCAAAAAUGGUGGUGAAGCUGUCUGAAAUAGUAACCUUAGCAAAACAAGCUCAGGUGGAUGUCAAAUUCCAGUUGCCAAUUUGAUCUGAGAAAUGUCAUACUGGUAUCUAACAUGUUCUCUGAAAUACUGUGUUCUGUGGGGUAUCUUUAAUUUUUCUUUUGUGUGGAGGUUUUGAUUGACAGGCGCACAAGCCGAAGUGUCUGGUCUUUAAUGUUAACAUUCAGAAUGGUCAGAAUUCUUGUAAAAGUGUGUAUUGCUGAUAUUUACUCCUCCUUAGUUGUUAUUCUCAAGCCUCCAGCUUCUGCUGCAGAAUGUCACUUGCAAUAUACUUCUGCAUUGUCCAAAGUAAAGCUUCUGGUUGAAAAAUAAUUAUUCUAAAUAAAUUUUGAAGUUAUUUUAUUUGUAAAUUUGUAUUAGCCUUGGAUAAAAGUAAAUAUGACUGGAUUAUCUAGUUGUCCACGUGGAGAAAUGUAUUGAAACGGUAUUUUAUGUUGAGACAGUUGUACUUAGCAGUAUAUGGACAUGAGCAAACCAAUCAUUAUUUAUGAACAGAUGCAUUCAGACUUGAUCAGAAAUAUUUUGGGAGUCCUUCACUGAAGUGGCUGGUAACUCUUCUGGACAACGUGUUUAAUCACUACAAAAUAUACUGUAGCACUUAAAUUUUCACAAUUUCUGGUCCUACAAAGAAGCAUUGUGUAGUUUUAUAUAUGAACAAGCAUUUACCAAACUGCAAGGAGACAGAAUACAUAGAGAAUUAAAAAUAUCUAUUGUACAUCGCUAAUAAAAUUAUACAUUAAUAAAAUAUCUCCCAAAAAUUCUACUGGCUGGGUUUUUUUAUAUGGUGCCAUUUUGAUGAAUUUAAGAUAGCUUUUUAGGAGUAAAGUUGUAGUAGCACAUAUGUUAAUUUUUUUCCUCCUUGAAAUGCAUUGUUUGAUUAAAACCGCGUGAACUC